GGAAUAUUCCAGCUGAGGGAGGCUGACACUACCCGGGGGAACACAAAGAAGAUCUACAAAACAAGAGCGAGGCUAAAUCUCAGAAGACAUUCGUUCCCGAGUAGGGUUGUCAACAACUGGAAUGGGUUACCUGAGUGGGUAGUGAAUGUGGAGACAGUGGAAAAGUUUGAAGUAAAAUUAGAUAAAUACUGGAAAAAUCAAGAACAAGUAUAUAAUUAUUGGGCACAAAUAUCCGCCACACGCAGUCACCGUCUGAGUAGAGAAGAGGCUAUUGAGCUGGAGUCACAGGCGUGAGCCUCUUCCAGAAGAUCUGAGUAGAAUGGGUAGCCUAAUCCUGAAAAAGUUACCAUAGUCCUCCCCUCAAUCUCAUCCUCUUAUGUGUUUGUGUCUGAAUGUUUGUUUGUGUUUGGUGAAAUACAAUGUACUUAUCAAAAAUUAGAUAAAAUAAAUUUUAAUGGUGGAUAUACAAAUUUUAAAUUAUGGCAAUGAAACCACAAAUUCGAAGAACAAAUCGGAAGUGUAAAAUAAAAUGUUCGUGAUCUUUGGCUAACAUUGAUGACACUGAUGGUAAUAUAAACAGUGAACCACGGGGCCGGGCAGCACUGGUACUAAGGUAACUUUAAAGUAUUUUUGGAUAACUGUCCCUGUUUUUAAGAUGUUGCGGUCCGUGGUGCAGGGUCUAGCAAACCUUCAUUUGAAAAAUACAGGUUUGGCCAUAUCUCGGGGAGCUGGCAGAACAUUGACCGCCAAAGAUGUGGAGACUAAAGUUUGUGGUGGUCCUCUUCUUCAGCAAGUCCGGACAACAUUUAUCUUGAAGCGUGUCAGUAAAAGUCUUCUGCGGAAAACUCACAAAAAAACCAGCAGCAGAAAGAUGAAAGCCCGUGAUUUUGUUUAUAAGCUUGUGGAGGACACCAAUGUCAGGAAGAAGGAACCACUUAAAGUCAUCCUCCUGGCCUCAGUUGAUGGUUUAGGAUCAAAGGGACAAAUUGUGGAAGUGAAGCCCAGCAGGGCCCGAUACCACCUUCUGUUGCCAGGCCUUGCAGUAUAUGCCUCGCCAGAAAAUAUAGAGAAAUACUCUAACAUAAUGAAGCAGGUGUCUGAAGAUGAAGACCAGCCAUCAUCCCAGUUUGCACGUAAAACAGUUCAAGAGCUAUCAUCACGGGUAAUCUCAGUAUCUAUGAAUAUGAAGAACCCGUGGAAGGUUGAACCGUGGCAUGUGAGAGUUGCCUUCCGUAAAGCUGGAAUCGUUCUACCAGAGGAGGCGCUCACACUACCCUCAAAUCCAAUUGUUGGGCCAGAUCUUUCACUGCAGGAAAAGGAAUUUUUAGUCAAAGUGAAGGUCAAUAAUAAAGAGGAAGCUCCAGUUCGAUGUCGAAUUCAUCAUUAUGCAACAAAUCCACGUGAACGAAUACCAUGGAAAGGCUUCCAUUGGGAGUAUCCUGCUGAACCACUCUUCCUGGAGGAAGCCCCUGUGCUCGAGGAACUCACUAAGAAUAAUCCCAUCACCCGCUAUGUAGAAGAGGAAGAACAAUAAAUAGAAGACAUACAGUAGUUUGUGUAGGUAUAUCUUCUUGAAUUUUGUAAACCAAUUUAAAAAAUAUAUAUAUAUCUUCCAUCCAGAACUUGAAGUCUAUACUGUACUGAAUAACAGUACAGCAUGCCCUUAAAAUUCACGGGGGUUUGGUUCUCAAAAUUGCUGCGAAUAGCCAAAUUCACGAAUAACAUUUGCUGGCUGGGGGGGGGGGUGUUACGUUUUUACCUGCGUGCAAAGAAAUGUAUAUUGCCAUUAUGUCUUUGCCCUGAGGACAAUUAUUACUUUUACCUGUACUGUAUUGUAUAUGUCUAUGUGUGUGUAGACACACACACACACACACAUAGACAAUACAGGUAAAAGAAAUUAGUCUCUAGAACGAAUGACUCCCUUUCCCGUCUGCGAAAAUGACAGCAACUUUAAAACUACCCUUAGACAUUCUUGGAUACAUCCAGGAUGUCAUCCACGAAUAAUUGAGGUUCGCGAAUUGUCAGGGCAUGUUGCACUGUACAUUAAUUUUUUUAAAUUCAUUAUUACUCAAUUUAUGGAAAUAUUUCAUGAACUGUCUGAAUUUUAUCUUUUUUUUUUAUUUUUUGGUUAACCGUAAAUUUUCAUCAUGGCAUGAUGAUUAGAAUUCUUUAAUAAUUAUGUACAUAUGUUUAAUAAAAUAUGGUACCAUU